CCACCUUAUACUUCCCCCUAUUUCCUAACUAUAAAUACUUAAGGUGACCAGUAACCAAACCUUUGCCUUGGCGUGAUAAUUAAACCGUAUCAUCCUGGUCCUCCAACAAGGCAACAACGUCUCGGUUACCUUUAACUCCUCACAGCUCUACAUCUGAGCCUUAACACUAAACAAGGAUGGGGUGUGGAGCUAGCAAAGCGGAUCAACCGAGCAAGCCGGAGUUAGGCUCCAGCGUGCAGGAGUCACCACAGGACUUCGCCCUCCCACCUGUCAAGGGCAGCCUACCUGAUGACGCACAGAUAGUAUUUGUGCUCGGGGGCCCCGGCAGCGGCAAAGGCACGCAGUGUGAUAAGAUUAAGGAGCAAUAUGAUUGCGUCCACCUCAGCGCUGGCGACCUGCUGCGAGCCGAGGUUAAGAGCGGCAGCGAUGUUGGUCAGAAAUGCGAAGCGCUUAUGCGCGACGGCAAGCUGGUGCCUGUCGCGGUGACGCUGCAUUUGCUAACGAAGGCUAUGAUUGAGAGCGGUGGCAGGUUCUUCCUCAUCGACGGCUUCCCGCGUGCGCUGGAUCAGGCGGAGGCGUUUGAAAAGGCGAUCAAACCUUGUAAGGCGGUUCUCUUCUUUGACUGCCCGGAGGAGGAGAUGGAGAAGCGCCUGCUAAAGCGUGGCGAGACCAGCGGCCGCAGCGACGACAAUGCUGACACCAUCCGUAAGCGCUUCAAGACUUUCGUUGAGCAGUCGCUGCCCGUCAAAACCCACUACAUGUCGCAGAAUAAGUGCUACGUGAUCAGCGCCGUGCCGCCGCCCGAUGAGGUUUACGAGGCGGUCAAGUGGGCGCUUGGAGAAAUCGGCGCACCUAAGAAGGCGGGCUCCUCAGCAAAAACAGAAGCGCCGGCGCCAGUUGAUGCUCCGGCGGCAGCUCAGCCAACAGCGGUUGGGCCAGCAGCAGUUGAGCCUGCUGCGGUCGAGCCAGCGGCAGCUGAGCCGGCGGCAGUUGAGCCAACAGCGGCAGAGCCAGCAGUGGAAGCGGAGCCUAUUGCGGUCGAGCCUAAAGCGGCGCCAGAGCCAACUGCAGCCGCUGACACUGCGACGGCACCUGCAGUGGCCCAAGAGGUAUUCGCGCUUCCCGAGGUGCCCGGCAGCCUACCCGAGGAUACCCAGAUCGUCUUCGUGCUCGGUGGCCCCGGCAGCGGCAAGGGCACCCAGUGCGAUCAGAUCAAGGAGGAGUACGAGUGCGUUCACCUCAGCGCUGGCGACCUGCUGCGUGCGGAGGUCAAGAGUGGCAGUGAGGUCGGCCAGAAGUGCGAGGCGCUCAUGCGCGACGGCAAGCUGGUGCCCGUGGCUGUGACGCUUAACCUGCUGAAGAAGGCCAUGAUCGAGAGCGGUGGCAGGUUCUUCCUUAUCGACGGCUUCCCUCGCGCUCUGGACCAGGCAGCGCAGUUCGAGGGCGCCAUCAUGCCAUGCAAGGCGGUUCUCUUCUUCGACUGCCCGGAGGAGGAGAUGGAGAAGCGCCUGCUGAAGCGCGGGGAGACCAGCGGCCGCAGCGAUGACAACGCUGAAACCAUUCGCAAGCGCUUCAGGACAUUCCUGGAGCAAUCGCUGCCGGUAAAGGAUCACUACAUCGCCCAGAACAAGUGCGCGGUCAUCAGCGCCGUGCCGCCUCCCAAGGAGGUCUACCAAGUGGUGAAGGGAGUACUGGACAGCUUGGGCGCACCCAAGAAGCCGGAGGUAUUCGCGCUCCCGGAGGUGCCCGGCAGCCUACCCGAGGAUACCCAGAUCGUCUUCGUGCUGGGUGGCCCCGGCAGCGGCAAGGGCACCCAGUGCGACAAGAUGAAGGAGGAGUACGAGUGUGUUCACCUCAGCGCUGGCGACCUGCUGCGUGCGGAGGUCAAGAGCGGCAGCGAGGUCGGCCAGAAGUGCGAGGCGCUCAUGCGCGACGGCAAGCUGGUGCCCGUGGCCGUGACGCUCAACCUCCUCAAGCAAGCCAUGAUCGAGAGCGGCGGCAGGUUCUUCCUUAUCGACGGCUUCCCUCGCGCUCUGGACCAGGCAGCGCAGUUCGAGGGCGCCAUCAUGCCAUGCAAGGCGGUUCUCUUCUUCGACUGCCCGGAGGAGGAGAUGGAGAAGCGCCUGCUGAAGCGCGGGGAGACCAGCGGCCGCAGCGAUGACAACGCUGAAACCAUCCGCAAGCGCUUUAGGACAUUCCUGGAGCAAUCGCUGCCGGUAAAGGAUCACUACAUCGCCCAGAACAAGUGCGCGGUCAUCAGCGCCGUGCCGCCUCCCAAGGAGGUCUACCAAGUGGUGAAGGGAGUGCUGGACAGCUUGGGCGCACCCAAGAAGCCGGAGGUGAUUGCGCUUCCUGAGGUGCCCGGCAGCCUGCCGGACGAUACCCAGAUCGUCUUCGUGCUGGGUGGCCCCGGCAGCGGCAAGGGCACCCAGUGCGACAAGAUGAAGGAGGAGUACGAGUGCGUCCACCUCAGCGCUGGGGACCUGCUGCGUGCGGAGGUCAAGAGCGGCAGCGAGGUCGGCCAGAAGUGCGAGGCGCUCAUGCGCGAGGGCAAGCUGGUGCCCGUCGCCGUGACGCUCAACCUGCUGAAGAAGGCCAUGAUCGAGAGCGGCGGUAGCUUUUUCCUCAUCGACGGCUUCCCUCGUGCGCUGGAUCAGGCAGCGCAGUUCGAGGGCGCCAUCAUGCCGUGCAAGAUGGUUCUCUUCUUCGACUGCCCGGAGGAGGAGAUGGAGAAGCGCCUGCUGAAGCGUGGCGAGACCAGCGGCCGCAGCGACGACAACGCUGAAACCAUCCGCAAGCGCUUCAGGACAUUCCUGGAGCAGUCGCUGCCGGUAAAGGACCACUACAUUGAGCGGAACAAGUGCGCGGUCAUCAGCGCCGUGCCCACACCUGACGAGGUGUACGAGACGGUUAAGUCAGUGCUUGACAGCAUAAGCGCGCCAAAGAAGUGAACGGGCCGAGUACAAAGAGAUGCUUGAAACAGUCUAUUUGGGUGCGCCAGCGGAGCUUCCACUGCAGGGGUGCGUCCGUGUUCACAAGUGCAUACGCCACCCCGACGGCGUAUAUAUGUCUCCGGAUACAUGUUUCUUCUUGGGUACAAAGCGGCGGGUGUCGCUGAGUGCAUUAGUGUGAGCAGCUGGAAUACGUGCUGUACGAUGUAGGGCAAAUGCGAGGGUCGGAAUGCGAACGCGUGGGUUACAAAAGCUCUGCUCUUAUUUGCAUGGCCUUCGUGAUUAAGGCGGACUGUGACUAUGUGAUACCUGCAUGUUGCAUGCAAUCGUGAACCAAACCCCACAUACUUCAAGCAUAGGGCAUGCAGAGCUCAAGUAUGUAGCUGUAACAGAUGUACUACUUCCCCCAACCAAAGUGCCAAUUGCAAUUCCUGCCCCAACUCCGACGAAUGCCGCCGUACACUAAACUAGAAUGCC